CAAAAGAUAAAACCAUUGCCACCGAAUGAUUAUUUUUCAUUGCUAAAUAUUUGUAUUUUUUUUCCUCAAUCAUCAUUGAAUCGUGUGGCAACGAAUUCAAUUCAAAUCCGAUUGAUCUAAUCAACUAAUGGAAUCGUCAAUUUAUUCCGAUUACAUUGAUUCACAUAAUGAAUUAAAAAUACCUACUACUUAUGGUCAUAUUUCAGCUAAAACAUGGCACCAUGACAGUCCUAAACGAUUUAAAGUUCUUGCUGUCCAUGGAUGGCAGGACAAUGCUGGAACUUUUGAUCAACUUUUUGCUCGGCUUUCAUCCGAAUCAAUGUAUAUUGUUGCAAUCGAUUUACCUGGUCAUGGAUUCAGUAGCCAUUUACCUAAAGGUGUUCCAUACACUGAUCUAACAUGGGUGAUUGCAAUCAGACAAGUUUUAGAAUUUUUAAAUUGGAAAUCUAACGUCACAAUUAUCGCCCAUUCAAUGGGUGCAUUGGCUUCACUGGAUUUUGCGGCAUUGUAUCCUGAAAUAGUAACCAGAUUGGUGAUGAUCGAUACGAUUAAACCACGAAUUUAUGAAUCCGAUCAAUUGGCUAAAGAAUCUAUGGAAAGCAUUUCAUUGUUUUUACGUACACAAAACAUAUCAAAUAGACCAAAUUAUAGUUUCGAUGUGGAUAAAGCGAUUAAUGUUAUAACACAAACACAUUAUAAUGGUAAUCUGACGAAAAAUGCUGCAUUUUGUUUGAUGCAACGAGCAGUUGAUUUUCAACCAAAUGGUACGGUGAAAUUUCGUCGUGAUCCACGUCUCAAUUGUAUCAUACGAAGAAAAUUUGAAAAAUGUCAACUUAAAAAUUAUUUAAAUAAUUUAAAAUGUCAAUUAAUGAUAUUACGUGCACGUAAUACACAUCAUACAUUGAAAUGUAAACAUGAUCAAGAUUUUAUUGAAUUUUAUCGUAAAAAAUGUUCAAAAUUUCAAUAUCAUGAAAUUGAUGGUGACCAUUAUGUUCAUUUAAUUCAUCCGUCCAAUGUUGCAUUAUUGAUUGAUGAUUUUAUUAAUCAUGCUCAAUAAUAAUAAAAAUUUGUUGAAACCC